UUGCAGUAGAUCUAGAAGCAGCAUUGAGCUCCGGGUUCUCUCUCUCUCGGUGGAAGACUGCGGUACGAGUGACAGCUCGUCUCUGCCUCUCUUACCUUAACUCAACGCAAGUGCCAUGGAGGAAUCAAGUAGUUGACGUUUCCUGUUGCAGCCUUCUCUUUUAAGCUUUCUUCUCGUCAGAUCAUUGAGCUCCUGACUUUCGUUGACGUUUCCAACUCUCGACUGACCCGUUUUUUGACCAUCCGCAAACAUGAAGUACAUCAUCGGCAUCGGCGGCGUAACCAACGGAGGGAAAACCACCCUCACCAACAGACUCAUCAAGAACCUGCCCAACUGUUGUGUGGUUCAUCAGGAUGACUUCUUCAAGCCCCAAGAUCAGAUUGAAGUUGGUGAAGAUGGCUUUAAGCAGUACGAUGUCAUCACUGCUCUGGACAUGGACGCCAUGAUGAGUACCAUCUACGCGUGGCUGGACAACCCGGUGAAGUUUGAGAAGUCUCAUGGAGUUAAUAACACCCUGGACACUGAGAUCGUCCCAAAGUCAGACACCGACAACAAGGAGGAGGAGACUCACAUCCUUAUUGUUGAGGGAUUCCUGCUUUACACCUAUGGACCUUUGAUCGACGUGCUGAACCAACGUUACUUUAUUUCCAUCCCGUACGAAGAAUGCAAAAAGAGGAGGUGCUCUAGGAACUACGCGGUGCCAGACCCCCCAGGCCUUUUCGAUGGCCACGUCUGGCCCAUGUACCUGAAACACAAGAACAUCAUGGAGACAUCAUGUGUUGAUGUUUUGCAGCUAGAUGGGACCAAGUCGAAGGAACAGCUGUUCAACUUUGUCUAUGGCAACAUCCUGAACAACAUCCAGAAGUCUCUCUAACAAAGGUCAUCCGAUCGGCUAAAUGGAGCAUAUACUCAAUCUGCAAGCAGAAGACCACCUUGCCUUAAGUUUCUACCUGGCAGCUGACUGCUAUGAAUAUUUUUUUUUUUUUUUUUUUUUUUUUGUAAAUGUAUAACUGACGGUAUGAAAUGCUGUCAUGAUUUUCUAUCUACCAUAUUUAUUGCUUUGUUACAGCCUACACUCCAACAAGAGUUGAUGGAUAUGUUCAGAGAUUGAUUGCACUUAGUUGCAAAUGUCAAUAAAUGACUCUCCUGACAA